CGUUGGUUCGCGGAGUAUCAAUAGGAAAAAUCCCCCCUCCCCAUAUUGAAAGCGCAUCCAUAUGAAAAUUUGUGAUGCAGAUUUGUGACCACAAAUCGUGCCUGUCUUGCAAGAGGGCAAGCCCACGCUGCCCGGCACGUUAUGCGAGCGAUUUGUAGUGCUGUAGGGCAUACAGGGAAGCCGUCUACCAUGCUAGGCGCCUACACCACAAGGCCCCUGCCUAGGCUUACGCGCUGCGUGCAGUGCUCUACUGCAACACAAAUUUGAUUUGUGUACUGAAAUACAGCAUCACAAAUUUCGUUUUCGAUAUGGGGUGGGGACUUUUUUCACUUUGAUACGGAGCGGCGCUGGUUCACGAGGUUUGUGGACGACAUGACGUUCCGCCACGCACCCUGGGUGAUGCCCACCGUGAUGCAGCAAACGCGCAAUCGAGUACUAUCAAAUGCAAAUAUGUCUAGGUCUGGAAAAAUCUUGUGAUGCUAAAAUGUGCAUGAUGAUGGAUAUGGAAACACUUCCGAAUGCAGACCAGCAUGACAACUUUCAUCCGGAGCACUUUCUCAUAGGCAGCCCGCAUGAGAAACUGCGUUUUUGCAUGACAAAAACGGCUGCGGCUUUAUUUGUCGGUUAUGCAAUACAGAGUGCCCAGGAAUUAUGUUAAGCUAGGAUUACGAGUUCCAACUUUCCAGACCCAGACACAUUUGCAAUCCAUAAGUACCAGACCAGUACCACGGGAGCGCGCGGAAUUCGCACCAGGACAACGUGUCAAACUACAAGGACGGCACCUUGCUGUAUUCUGAGUAAAAACAUCCCCUCCCAAGAGUUGUCAUGCACAUCUGCAUGCCAAAAAAGUUUCUCAUGCGGUGCCCCAUGAGAAGCUUUUUCUAGUCGUGUUUUGGGAUUUGCGAUGCUAGAAAUAGCAUGAUAUGCUAGAUCUGUGAUGCUGCUUAACCAGCGAAACAGGACUACACUACGAGGACAAAUUUGUCAUGCAAAACAGCCAACGUUGGCUGAUUUGUCCAGGUUGACUCAGUCCCGACCGAAGUGGUAGGCGCUAGGAUGAACUAUGUAUGUAGCGCUUAGGGCCCUUCCGUACGGCCAUAUGUAUGUCCCGCAACGGGGAUCGCCUAUGUAUGUCGGUCAUUUAUAUGCAAGGCGAUGGGUCACCCGGUCGGCAGAGCCGAUCCAUACGAACGAACGAGAUUUCCCAUCUUGACUCGUCUGGUAUGGGGAUGCUUUUACUCAGGAUAUGCUGCCGAACAAGUUCUACAACCCCAAUGUCCGCCCCUCUGUUUUGCGCAACCUCGCCGAGUAUGAACUGCAAAAAUGUCUGAGUCUGGAGAGGACGUGUAAUGCUAAAAGUGGAUGAUAAGUACCCGGACUGCAAUACGCAGCCAGGUAUGACAAAUUUUUGAGCUGCUAUGUGUUGCGUAUAUAUAAUUCCGCAUGAGAAACAACGUUUUUGCAUGACAGAUUGGAGAGAGAGCCUUUUCCGAUGCCCCUAUGCAUCACAGAUUCUCGAGUCAUGUCAGACAUGCAUGACAAAAAUGUAAAAAUCUUCCAGACCCAGACAUUUCUGCAAUCCAUACCGAGAACCUCCUGGGCGGGACCUGCCAAACGGAGUUGAAGGAGGGGGGCGACAUAUGCACUGCAAAAUUAUCGUACUCGUAUAAAUGCAUUACUUACAAAUUUCCUCAGCAUGAAAAAUAAAAUUUGUAAUGCGGAUUUACCCUAAAAAAAAAGAUUUGUAAUGCAUGCGGAAUCCUAGCAUGACGGCGUUCUAGACCGAGGCUAGUCCAAUGCACCGGGCUAGGAUGGGUCGCAGUGCCCUGGACGUUUGGCGCGGCCUAGCGUGGGGCAAAUCGUUUUGCUUUGUUUUUCCUCAUGUUUUCCUCAUGCACUACCCUAGUCCGGGCCUUGCGCGAGUUUGCGAAGCUAAUUUUUGACAUGCUAGGCCAAAACGCUGCGGCGGACUCGCCUAGGCUAGGACAGUGACCGUAGGCCGCCUAGCCUAGGGCGGAGAGCGCUAGUUUUUGCUUCUGCCCUGUCGGCUUUUGGUGUGCCUUCUUCGUUCUUGGGGGCCUUUCGGCAGAUGCGCCGGCCUUCGGCGUUGCUUUGCCUGGUUGACGUUCAGGGGCCGGACCGCGCAAUCAAACCAAGGGACGCCGCACAGCGGAGCGGCAACCAAGCCAAGGAAUGGCGUGCGGCAUGUUCUUGGCGCGGGCCAUUGGGAACGCCCAAGCAAGACCCGAACGGGCCCGCGCCCCUUUUCUUGCCUGUGAGUGUGUGCGUGUUGCCUGUGUUUGGCCGCCAGGCCCCCGCACCGACCAGGAGGCGCCCGCGCCUCCGACUGGGACCACCGCCCGCGACGGCGCCGCCGAACUCGUCCCGCAGCCCGCCGCGGCUGCUGCGAGUGGGCACCCCCCUAAGGCCCCACGCACCGUCCGGCGCAGGGCGCGCGGCGUUGCUUGGCUGAUUGUGGUGGCUGUGCUGCGCGGGCGGCGCCCCCUGAUGUGGCUACCCUCCGCCCCCCCCCCCCCCCCGUAACAGCACCCACCAGCACAUGCGGGCGCCGCCUACCUUGGUGGCUGUGUGUGGUUGUGUAAGGGCAUGGGCCCGCGCCGGGGGCGGGCGCCUCCCUUCGCACGCUUUUAGGCCUGUGGGGGUGCCCGCUGUUUGUUUCCCCUGCGCCCAAAGGGGGCUCCCCACUUUGGUGCCCCGCGCAAUGUUGUGCUUGCUUGUGCGCCAGCACGUCGGCACGCACUUUGUUCUUUUCCCCACGCCGGGCGUCUCAGUGUGAUUAGAUUCGGCUUCUCGCCUGAGCUGUGUGGCAUUCCGCCUGUGUCUGAAAGCAAGCGCGCGUCUUUUUUUCGCAAGCUUGCCGCGCAGCUCUGUUGUCGCGUUUGUUUCUUUUUCGCGCGCGCCGGUCCAUUGGCAGAGAAGCGCGCCGGCCCCCUCGUUCGUUGCUUGCUCAUGCGGGACAAUGCUGCGCAUCCUGAUAGCCAAGCAGAAGUUUUUUGCCUUUGCUUUUUUUUUCAUUCGGUCCCAUAGCGCUUGCUCUUGCUCUUUGACAAAACAGCGACUCUGUUUCACGGCCAUAACGUAUACAAAUGCGCACUGCAAAACACAAAAAGCGCUGCAGUUUUGUGGCAGUCACCACACUCGCGCAACUACCAGCGCCACGCACUAGAAAGAGCGACUCCUGUUCUCUUUCGCGAGUGCUUUUUGCUUCGGUUUUUCCCUCAUCCGCUUGCGGGCCUAGGGUGUACUUAUGUAUAAAUGCCUAGGGUGGGUCCUGCAAAAGAGUUUGAAGCACCUGCAUAAUCCGUCAUGCUCGGUCUUUUCUUUUGCAGUCUUGUAAAACAUAUUGAAAUUCCCGUGCGAAGUGCGUGUUUUUCAUGUUGCACAUGCUAGGACAGCAAUUUGCAAAUUUUUACAACCAUACUUUGUACCACUCUAGUCCAUGAGCCACCCUAGGACACUGCAUGCAUGAUUGCAAUACGAGUACGAUACUUUUGCACCGAAUACGACGGCGUUUUGAACGACAAGAUAGAGCGGUUUUACAACAUAUGCGUAUCAACUGCAAACAUGUCUGGGUCUGGAAACUUGUGAUGAUGGGUGGCGUAUAAUGAGGAGGCCACGAGUGCUGGCUCAGUAUGACAAGUUUCUAAGCACCAUCUAGGCAUUGCCUAUUCUGCAUGACAAACUGCGUUUCUGCAUGACAGAAAAAUGGGUGUCUUGGGUAAUGUGCAUGACAGAUUCAAGAGUCAUGCCAAAUGUGCAUGACAGACCUUGCAUCCUUCCAGACCCAGACAUUUUUGCAUUUGAUAAUGCAGGGAUGCGAACUCUCGGUGGCUGCGCGACCCGGUUUUGAAAGGCCGAAGAGAGCAGGCCGACGCCACGGCGGUCUUCCUUCCGCGCCUCUGGGUGAUCCUCUCGGUGACGGUUUUCCUCGUAAUUGCUUUCCUCGUGCUCGGCUACUUCUACUGCCGCGCGCGCAGCCGCGCCCUGAAGCAGCAGCGCUUGAAGGAAAGGGCCGCGCGGCGGGGAGAGCGACGGGAAAAGAAAAUUGCUCAGAAGAUGAAUGCAACUCGAACAAGCACGAGAAGUAGCGGGUUCCUGUUCGGCUACGAGGAGCAGGACGGAGAGACCACAAGUCUUAACGACAAAGGGGACUCUGGAGAGAAGAAAAUAGGUAGAACGACCCGCGAAAUGAUAAGGAAGAACAAGUCCUCUGGC